AUGAACGGAGGCCCAUCUGGUUUCACAAAUGCUCCUGUCACAAGGGCUUUCAUAAUCGCUUCGGCACUUUUCACAAUCUUCUUUGGAAUCCAAGGCCGUUUCGGCACUCUGGGGUUGUCUUAUCAGGAUAUUUUUGGAACACCUCGCCUUUGGAAGUUGAUCAUGUCCAUAUUUUCCUUCUCAUCAACACCAGAGUUGAUUUUUGGAUUGUAUCUGCUAUAUUAUUUCAGAGUCUUUGAAAGACAGAUAGGCUCCAAUAAAUACUCCGUAUUUAUCAUGUUCUCAAUAUUAACUUCACUACUGCUUGAGGUCCUUGCUGUAGCAUUUUUAAAAGUACCAAGCAAGCUGCUUGACAUUGCCCAUAUUGGUGAUAAACAAGAGUUUCUGUUUGUGUUCGACGAUAAAGUUCAGUUUCUCAUUUGA